GAACAGAGAGUAGUCUUGUGAGGAGGCCAUUGGAAAACAGGGCAAUAAAUUAACAGCUACUUAAUUCAAGCGAGAGCAACAAUGUGAGCAAGACGACAAAAAAAAGAGACAAAGUGAACAGAACAAUUAUUCAAAAACGCCACUCAAAAAAAACAACAAAGAAGAAGAACACUACAUGCAAACACAUGCACACGGACAAAGAUGAAUCAAUUCAAUUAAAAUAGAGCAACGCAAUACAUCAUAAAUUUGGAAUAUAAGUGAAGUGAAUUCAUACAGAUGAAAAAUCUGAACCAAACAAAUAUAUAAAAACCAUCAUAUAACCAUCCGUCUGCAGUAUUAUCUCGACCAAUUAGUAUCAUAUUUUCGUUUUGUCAUCGUACAAGAUCCACAAAUGGCGAGAAAAACGGUUCGAUGAAAGAAGAGAAAACAAACGACAUUGGUUUGUAUUGUUCAGUAGAUUGGAACAAACCAAACGAUUAUCAUUUUCUUGUUGGAUUCUUCUUUUUGUUUGAGAGCAGAAAAAUAACCCAAUACAAAGUCAUCACAUCGAAAUGAAGAUAAAAAUCCCGAUAAGAGAGGAUAAAACACGACAAAAAUUUUACUGUCUCAUGCUCAAACAUUUAAAUUGAAACGGAAACAUUAAAUAUACACACGAACGCCUAUUAAUAAUGGGAGAAACAGAACCAAAAAAAGAAUGGAAAACGACUUAAUAAACCUAUUUAUUUAAAUGCGCCAUGCUCUAAAGACAGCUCAUUCUCAUUGUUUUUUUUAUGGCAAAUUUGUCAUAUUUCUUAUCACGAGCGAACGUGAGCGCGCGAACGCAAAGAAUUCUGUUCGCUUUUUGGUUUCGAGUCGAGUUAUCUAUAAUAAUCCGUAAUCCCAUUCACCAUGAUUUCCAUGGAAAUGUUUUUUCAAUGAUAAAAUUUGAAGAAGAAAAACACGUAAUGAAAGUUGCUGCAAGUUUUUCACUUCUUCCAAAUUGAAUCAUCGAGAAUCGUCUGAUUUUGUUGUUGUUGGAGUUGUUGUUGCAACAAGCAAUUAUGAAAUUCCAUAAAAUUUCAUUGUGAUUCAUUACAUAACAAUUUUACGACAAAAAAAACUGAGUCACUCUCGAAAUUUUUGUUGUAGCCACCCAAAAGUGUGCGGAACAGUUACGUAUGGUAUCAAUUUUGAAUUAUUGCGCCAAAUCGAAGUGGCUACCACAGCGCUCAGCUCCUCCGUCCAAGUGUCAUCUGUCAUUCACAAUCAAGGUGAGAGUGAGAGAGAGAGAGAGAGAGAGAGAGAGAGAGAGAGAGAGAGAGAGAAGUUUAAAGACAACUCUAUUUUUAUCAAGUCAUACCAAAAAUCCAUGUAUUUAUUGUUGCAUUGUGCAUGUUUCUGUUUGAUUUGAUCCUCGAGAGAAACAAAUUAUUUAUUUUUGUUUCCAUUUUGUUCGCACACUAUAUCUCUCUUUGAAUUUAUUUAACAACAAAAGAAACAACGUUAUACAAGCAAGUUCCAAGGUUAUAGAUGUUGUUUUUUUCUUUCGUCGGUAUCAAAAAUCAAAUAAUUUAAACCAUAUUGUUAGCAAGUGACCGUAUGAUGGUUGAAUGUCAUUUGUGUUAGGCAUUUGUUGAGUUUUUUGGUUCAAUUUUGGUUGUGACUGUAGAAAGAGAAAGAGAUAGAAAACCACGUACGAGAAAGUCUCCUCAAAAUCAAUUUGGAAUCUAUGGAUCAACCAGUAUCAGGCCGAAAUAUUGGCGGAAUUAAACAAACACAAAUCAGCGGACUAUUAUGUAAAUACACAAACGUGGUUAAAGGAUGGCAAUAUAGAUGGUUCACGGUCGAUCCGCAGACGGGAACGUUAAGCUAUUAUAUCUGUGAAAACAGUGCCGAGGACACGGCACCGCCAAAUAUAGCCGGCAAUACGCCGCGAUGGCAGGAGCAUCUGGCUGGUGCCGUUGUUUGUCCAAGCGAUGAAGAUUCACGCACAUUCACCAUUGGCACGGCAAACGGUGACACAUUGAAAUUAAGAGCCAAUAAUGCACGAGCACGCCAAGAAUGGGUGGAUGCACUUCGUAAUAUUGCCGAAUGCCAUACACAGUCAAUCGGUUCACAAUUCGAGCUACUGCCACCAAGGGAAAUAAUUGCGGCAUCAGAUGCGUUUGGUGAAGCACGACAACAGCUUCAAAACACAGAGCUAUGCAAUGCAAUGCUAACAAGGGCCAUUGAAAAUGUUGAACCGCCAUUGAAUGCCACGGAUCCAGAUUUGUUGCUAUUAAAGGCCAUAUCGGCGGCCAGUACACAUUGUCUAUUCCAAUGCAUGAACUUAUUACAACGACACCAUGAUCGCCCAUAUCAUUAAACUUUUAGCCGUUACGACUGAAUUAUCCAAAAAAAGGUGCUAUAACUGAGAUGUGUGUACAUUUUUUUUUUACGAAGCGCCAAAUGAGAUGAAGAUUUCCAAUCUAGAGUUAUGGGUUCAUUUGUCUCUUUCAAAUCCUUUCUCUGUGUUCGGCGAAAGACCAUUUGCUCUGGUUGAUUUCUGCGCAACAAUGUAGAAUGACCAUAGAAUAAAAUAUGAGAUAACUAGAUUCGAAUUAAGUUAUGCGAUAUUGUUUAUAGAUUUUUUUUUAGUAAGUUGCAGUAUUUAAGCAUUUUUGUUGUUCACCCCACGCCCUGCCGUUCGAAACCAGUGAUUACUAUAUAAUAGUCAUUAGCACGUGAUUUCAAUCAAUUUCAAAGUAUAAAACAAACCACAUAUAGGUUUAAUAAUGCAAAUGUUCAAUAGAUUUGUCCAUGGAUUAUUUGUUUGAGAUUUUUAAUACGCGCGUGCAACCCAUUUACAGCCAAAUUAAAUGAAAUCGCUCAGAGCCGAAUGCUCUUCCCUCAUUAAUUUUAAGCGAAAUUAAAUAAACAAAACCGAAGAUGUAACAUGUUGUACAUGUUGUUUUUAGACUCAUGUAUUUUUACUGGCAAACAUAUAUAUUCACAUCAAUUAAACAUAUACAGACACCAUUUAUAUGGUUACCAUAUCUCUUUCUAUUUGCUGAUUCUCUCACUCUCUCCCUCAGCGACCAUAUCAUCUUACAUCUCAGUGAUAGAUACACCUUUAGUUGUUGUUAUGUUGUUCUGGACUGAAAAUUUCUUGAUAUUUGCGCUUGAUUUAGAAGAAAUGAAAAAGAGCAACAACAAAAAAACGAAACAAAAAAAAAUAUUAUAAGAGAAUAAAAAGAAAAUUUCUUUGAUUUCGA